CUUAAAAAUUUAUCUCACAAGGAAGCUUCUAUUUGCUUCUUGGUGAAAUAAGAAUUACCUGUGGAAUAUAUGUAAAAUGCAAAACAAGGAGUUAUAGUUACAGUAUUUAGUAAUGGUGGAUGUACAUUUAGUGUUUGAUUUAUGCAGCUUUGUGCUCUAGAGCUAUGUUGAUAUUUUUGUGGAUUUGAUUUUGAUGUAGUCCACAUAGGAAGCUAGGAUUAGGUCUGACACGUAGAAUAAUGUGAAAGAUAAAAGAAUAGGAAAUUCUGUGGGAAAUUAAGGUUUUCAUUGCAGCAUGAUUUAGGUUUUAGAUAUGAUAAAUGAACCUCUUGGGCUGGAGAGUAUAUGGCUUUUGGUAAUAUAUAUAAUGCCAUAGAUGAUAAUUAUGGGGCACAGAUUAGGAUUUUCAAUGAGGAUAUGUAGAUUUCUAUGUUGAAAAGACCACCAUCAUAUUCGGGCACAAAAGGCACCUCAAGCCUAAGCACAAUUCACAUGCAAGUGCUGAGAAAUGUAAGGUGCAUAUCAACAGAAAAUGCAAAAUAAUACAAUUAGCAAAUCUUGUAAUUGAAGAACAAUUAAAUUCAAAAUUAAAUAUCCAUGUUGCAGAGAAGAUAAUUGUCAUAGAUGUUGUAUAUAAAAUAGGAUUAUAUAUAGCAAUUAGAAGAUUGGUUUAAUUAGGAGUCUUAAAUUAAUUAGGAUUGUAUGUAGUGUGUGUGUGUGUAUGUAUAUAUGGGUGUAACUCUAUUCAUUAUGUAAUUGAAUCCUUUGGUUAAAUUACAUGGUAUUAGAGCACCAGGUCUGUACCUUUUGGAAUCUCUUUAAAAGAAAAAAAUUACAAACAAUUUAGAAAUUUACAAACAGGGGUAGGUUUUAGGGUUUCUCGGGUCCCCUUCCUCCGCUGCUUUGCUACUCUCACCGCUUGCACCAGAGGGAGCGCUAGCCGUCGAUAGACCUUUGCCUGAAGUUUUGUCACUAGAAACCCUGCGCAUGACCCACAUGGGUCGCUAGAAGUUCUCUGCUACAAAUCCACGUGUCGGCGCAUGGAGGUGCGUCCUUUGUCGGAAUUUGCUUCGGUUUUUCUUGAUCAACUCGCCUCGGCUUCUACAACUUGUUUGUGUUCUUGUUUGGGUCAGCAUCAUUGUGUUGGGAUCUCUUAUGUUAUAGGAAUAAGAGCUUUGAGAUCAGAUCUUCAGGAAAAAUUGGUUCAGAUACCAUUUUCUACAAUUCUGAAGAAACCUGGAGAAGAAAAUUUAGAAAGGUUUUAUGAGACUUUCCAUGGAACAAAUGUUAGCAUUCAGUAUUUGGCAACUGUAGAUAUAAUCAGAGGAUACUUGCAUAAAUCGUUAUCUACAACCAUGGAGUUUAUAGUUGAAAGUGACAAAGUUGAUCUUCUUGAGAGACCAGUUUCUCCUGAAAUGGCUAUCUUUUACAUUACUCAGGACACUCAAAGACAUCCCUUGCUUCCUGAAUUAAAGUCAGGUGGUUUUCGAGUGACUGGAAGAAUAUCUACUCAAUGUUCCUUGUUGGAUCCUAUCAGUGGCGAGCUAAUAGUAGAAAGAUCUGCAGUUUCCCUUCGCUCCAUUGACAUUCACUUGCUUCGAGUAGAGUCAAUUCUUCUUGGAGAGAAAAUUGUGACUGAAACCUCUUUGAUUCAGACCACACAGAUAGCAGAUGGAGAUGUCUGUCGCAAUGUGACUUUUCCCAUAUAUGUUAUUCUACCCCGUCUUUUGACUUGUCCUACUGUCUUAGCCGGACCAUUUUCAAUUGAGUUCAAAGUGUCCAUUGUUAUCAGCUUUCAGUCAGAACUGUCCAGAUUGCAUACAAAAUCUGAUCCAAGAACUCCAAGACUCUGGCUUGCAAUGGAAACUUUACCGCUUGAACUUGUCCGAUCAAAGUGAGCAAUCAAUCCGGAGGAAAUAAUAUACAGCGAUCUUUUAUAUGCCUUUCAAGAUUGCCCUGAAGGUACAGAGGCAAUAGUGCAAAUACAGCAGUGUCCAUCCGAAAUAUGCUUGGGUGUCUGUAUGUUCAGAACUAAAACUAUUAUUAUGAAUGUAAAGUCUACACCUUCAGAUUGAAAUCAUGAUAUCAGCAUAUGUAAACUUCACUGAAGCAAGACCCUGUAUAUCUUCUUGGGUCCUAAACUAUUUCUGCGCCAUGCUCCGGUUGUUUGUUGGUAAUUAUUGAUGGAUUGAUUGAGAUAAUAUAAACAGGGUUAUCCUUUUUCUGCACCAACCAAAA